CCCCCAACUGACCAGGGAGGUAUUUAUAGGCAAUACUGGUUCCAGUACUAUUGACCUCAGGGGCUUGUGGGGUUAUUUGGGUACAGUAUGGGGUUCUUUGGCCUUGGGCUUUUGGCUCUUAGCUUUUGUUGUGUGUUACCUGAUCUGCUGGAAGCGGGAGACUCCUCUCAGCCCAAAUCUUCAGGUGUAAACCUUUGGAAGGAACUGAUGCAGGAUUUCUCUUCCUCCUCCUCUUCUGCAAGUCGUCCUGGACAUCAUGGUUCAAGGAGAGGGUUUCCCCUGAGAGGGGGCAGUGAAGGUUUCUUCUUUGUGGCAAAAAGCUUCCAAACAGUGGGACAUCACUGGAACUUGUCCUUUGAGGCCAUUCCCAUUUCAGGGGUUCGACCGGUAGUCGAGCUGUGGGCCCAAGUGCCGGCGGGUCCUCGAGCCACCCACCUGACCCUGGAGCUCCAGGAUCCCCGCAGGGGGCCGGGCUGGUUCCUGCUAGGCUCCUACCCUGUGACGCUCCCUUCUGCCCACCUAAGCAGCUUGGUAGUGCUGGAUGUCACUUGCCUCCUGGUUUACUGGGCAGAGCUCCACAACCUGCUCAAAGGGAAGGGGAAGUGGGUAAACGGCCAGUUCUCAGCUGGCAUGGUCAACCACGCCAUCCUGGGAAACUGUGUGGCUGAUAAGAGUAACAUGGUCACUCUGAUAGUGGCUUCCAAACAUUCUACCCGACCCACUAUGAUCCGAGUAGCUCAGAUGGCAGGUGCCAAGAGGGUGAAACGGGAGACUCCAGGCCUUGAGGAAGAAGAUGUGGCCUCUAGCCAGCUGUCCCAUGACAAAGGCUCCUGCCGGCGGGUGAACAUGGUCGUGGACUUCAACCAGCUACCGUGGGGCAAAUGGGUUUUGGCACCCAAGUCCUUUGAUGCCUACCAGUGCCAGGGGACCUGCUCGACACCUCCUCAGCAUUCUAAUGUCAACUAUGCUGUGAUCAUGGGCUUGCUACACCACUUACAGCCCACAUAUGCAGUGAGCACACCAUCUUGUGUACCCAUACGGAUGAGCCCUCAAAACCUGAUCGUCACUGAUGAAGACCAGAGCAUGGCAAUCCACUACUUGGAGGAUAUGGUGGUGGAGGAGUGUGGCUGUAUCUAAUCCAAUCACCAGAGAGCCCAGGAAUGCCCCCCAAAGCAGCCACUCGGGGUGACUGCCUAGCCUACACGAGGCGAGGGUGCGAGGGAACUCCUCUAUGAUCUACAAAUAAUGUUUCGAUCCUCUUGACCCUGGUUAGAAUGUAUAAACUUCAGCAGAGUAUGGGGUUGUACAUGUCGGAGAUGGGAUUCAAAAAUGGGAGAAGAAGCAAGUUUUGGAAGAGAGGGACAUUAAAAGAAACAGUGUAGAUUUGAUCCCAAUCUGCCUAAAGCAGGAGUUCUCUUCCAGUUUUUUUUAUGGCAGCUGCUGCUAGCCCGAGGCCCUACCCACUCCCAGGUGACUUCUGUUUAUAUUCUGAAAUCUAAUGUGUAUAUCAAUCAAUAAAACUUUAAUCCUACUCAUUGUGGAAGAUCCAUUGUUAGUGUUUUGAAUAGUGCAUGGAGUUUAGAACUUAGUUUUUUUGUUUGGGGUUGCGGGGGGGCUUCUCCCUCUCCCUCUUGUUGGGAAAACAGGUGAGACUAUAGCAGUUCUUUCUCCCUCGAGUACUAAAGAUCUUACCUGAUAAGACACAGCACCCCAAAGCAAACUGCCAGAGGUUAGGAGUAAUUCCAAGAACCAGGCAAGCCUUGGCUUCACACAGCAAGCAUUUGGACAAUUGGCAUUGUUCCACAAUAGCUCAGGCAAAGGAAAUGUAUGAAACUAGCUGUUAUACUUCCUAGAAGAGGUAGAAAUUCCUCAGCAGUGAAGAGCUCUUCAAUCCAGCCCACCCCCAACAUAACCUUAGUUUGGAAGAAACAUGGGCUGAGCAGGGCUCAGCCCUAGCAAGUUGGGACUCGUGAAAUCAGAACUGAAGUUCUGACCUAUUGAAGGGCACAGCAUGCCCAGCCAGUGGGAAGCAGUAACUUCUU